AUGUCAUCCCAGCCCCACCAACGCCUCGCUUCCAUUCAGCGCCAUCUCAGCUCUACUCCCCAGCGAAGAAAAGAGGUGCAAGAUGCCUACAUACUCUCUGCCGUCCGCACGCCCUGCGGCAUCUUCAAUGGCGCUCUCUCGUCCGUACCAGCACCUCAGCUCGGAGCUACUGCGAUCAAAGAAGCCAUUUCACGCUCGUCUCUCCCGCCCGAGAAGAUCACGCACGUCUACAUGGGCAACGUCCUCCAAGCUGCCGUCGGCCAGGCACCCGCGAGACAAGCAGCCAUCUUCGCGGGCCUCUCUCCCACCGUUGAAGCAACGACCAUAAACAAGGUCUGCGCAUCUGGCAUGAAAGCGAUCUCCGUCGCUGCCCAGCAGAUCGAGCUCGGGCAGGAAGAGGCACUUGUUGCGGGCGGCAUGGAGAACAUGACGCAAGUGCCGUACUACCUCAAACGAGCGAGCCAACAACCGCCGUUUGGAGAAAUGAAGAUGGAAGACGGCUUGAUCAAGGAUGGGCUGUGGGACGUCUACAACCAGAUCCACAUGGGCAACUGCGCGGAGAGUACGGCGAAGAAGUACGAGAUCUCGCGCGAGGAGCAAGACGAGUUUGCCAUUUUGUCGUACAAGAGGGCGCAGGAGUCGUGGAAGCAGAAGUUGUUCGAGGAGGAGAUUGUCCCUGUCACGGUGAAGGGGAAGAAGGGUGAUACGGUCGUCAGUGAGGAUGAGGGCUAUAAUCGGUUGAAGCUUGAGAAGGUCCCGACGCUGAAGCCGGCUUUUGAUCGGUCAGGAUCGGGAACGGUCACCGCGGCGAACAGCUCGUCUUUCAACGACGGUGCGUCGGCGGUGGUUGUUGUGAACCGAGAUCUGGCGAAGCAGUAUGGACAGGGCAAGCGCAUACUCGCACGGAUAUGCAGCUAUGCGGAUGCUGCGAUUGAUCCGAUUGACUUUCCGGUGGCGCCAGCGAAGGUUGUUCCCAUUGCGCUGGAACGGGCUGGUAUCACAGCGGAUCAGGUGAAGAUCUGGGAGUUCAAUGAGGCAUUUGCUGCUGUUAUAAAAGCAAAUGCGAAGGUCAGUGAUUUCCAUUCCGCUCUCUUCAAUGGCCUAGGCACCGACAACGUCAAUCCGCGCGGUGGCGCUAUCGCUCUCGGCCACGCUUUGGGCAGCUCUGGAUCAAGGAUAAUAACGACCUUGCUGCACCAGCUGAAGAAGGGCGAGUAUGGUUGCGCUGCGAUUUGCAAUGGCGGUGGUGCAGCGAGCGGGAUGGUGGUACAGGUUGUUGAUGCGGACGAGCUGUAG